UUUGGCGCAUUUUCCGGGGAGAUAAGUUUCAUGAAAGCUUCUUCAUCUCCAAAGGCACGUACUAAAGGCGCUACCGUCGCAGUUCCUGUCAUUCAAGGCUCUAUAGCUUUUUGGCUUGGUCCAGAAGCUGACGAGUGGCAUUCUCACCGUUGGACGGCAUAUAUUCGAGGUCCAAAAAACGAAGACUUGUCUUAUUUCAUAAGAUAUGUUGAAUUUCACCUUCAUGAAAGUUUUCACCCUUCUAAAAGAGUGGUGACCAGACCUCCUUUUGAACUCACAGAAACUGGUUGGGGAGAAUUUGACCUUAUCAUUCGCCUUUUCUUCAUAGAUAAUUUAGAAAGCCCUAUAGAACUGGUUCAUCCACUACGAUUGUUUCCCAAUCCACCAAAAGAUCAAAGUGUAGAAGAACCAGUGGUUAAUGAAUAUUAUGAAGAACUUGUUUUUCAAGACCCACCUGAAGAGUUAUUGGCCAUCUUACGUAUGGGACCACAAAGAACGGUUGAGACAGAGUUGCAGAAAUAUUUUUUAGAUUUCACGCGUCAAGAGGCGCAAGACUUGGAGAAAAUCAAACAUGCAAAAGAUAUGAUUCGUACCAAACUACUUGCUAUUAAUGAAAGGUCAAAAGAAAUAGAUGAGGAACGUAAACAAUUAGAAGAAGAAAUCAGUCGAAUAGGUAAAGCGGUAUAGAAGUACUUUUUGAACUGGAGCAUCUUUACAUUGGUUAAU